AUGUCGUCACAACAGGAGCAACCACAGCAACAGCAACCUACUGUGCGGCACAUUCCGAUUUUCGUUGAAGGUCGUUCCGAACCGCUGAUAAAUACGACACCCGAAUCGCAACCUUCACAACCAUCCCAGCACCAUCCAUCGGCUGGCAUGGAGGCCCCCAAUAUGGAAAUGCCCAAUCGGAACGAUUUCUUCAAGCACGGCACAAUUUUCGAUCGGGCGCGUGAUAUUCCGGUGAGGUCAAAUUUUCCAGGUUUUCAGGGAUUCGACGGGUUUAAGCGUGAAGCAUCGCCUGGUGCCAGUCGAACGUCUCCCUUCCCAGAUAUCUCCAACCAUAUGUGGCCCGAAUCGGAUCCGCUCAAUGCUAAUGUGCCUCGCGGAACUUCGAUUCCCAGACAAACACCUUCGCCUUCGGCCGCUCACCAGCAGCAGCAUCAGCAAAAGCCAAACACGGCCAAUUCACAACAGCAACAACAUGUGCCCCGGACAUCGCAACCACAGCCGCAUCCACAAACACAUCCGCAACCGCAACCUCAGCAGCAGCAGCCGCAGCCGCAGCAACAGCAACCUGCUGGGCAGGAUCAACCGGACAGCCGCCCAAAUAUGCCGACCAGGGAGGAUCCGAUCACGAAAAUUCAAAAGAUCCAAAAGGAUGUGCUCGCCAUCUUCGAUCAGGUGGAACAUUUCAAGGGCGGCAAGGAGGGCAAGAAAGACAAAGCGUACGUCUAUCUGGACGAGAUGUUGACGCAGAACCUGCUGAAGCUGGACUCGAUCGAUGCCGAGGAUCAGCCCCAGAUCAAGUCCGCCCGGAAGGAAGCGAUCAAAAGCAUAAACACCUGCAUCGCGGUACUGGAGGCAAAGGCCGAAGCAGGUGCCAGCGGGAGCGCCAAUGCUAGCACCGGUUCGAUCGGGAAUGCUAAUGCAAACAGCAGCAGUAAUGGUAUCGACGCUAAUGGCACGACCCUGUCCGCCUCGAAUACUUCAAUUCCUCACUCGUCGUCCAAUUCUAGUCAACAGCAGGCCAAUGAAGUUGCGAAGCAGCAGUGA